AUGAGGAAAUUCGAUCCAUGGCCCGUGUUCUUCAAGAGAGAGUGGAAUCGCAACUGGCCUUUCCUCGUCGGGUUCGCCGUUACUGGGGCCAUCAUUACUAAGUUCUCUCUCGGUCUCACUGAGGAGGACGCGAAGAACUCUCCGUUUGUGCAGAGGCACAGGAAUCUUAGUUCAAUAAUAGAACCACGGUCAUCGGAUAUUGUGCUUUUCGGCGGCAUACAAAUGAAAGUAUCACUACUUAAUUUGCUCGGUCACUGGACAAGGCCAACAACAGAGACCUUUCACCGUCUUCAGAAGAAUUAA